AGACACGACCCAUUCUAGCCACACCGAACCGAACCCAACUGGACGUAGGUUAACAAGCCAUUUUAAAAGUCUCCUUGUCAGAGAGAGACGGCAGUAGCAGAGGAAGGGCGACGAAUCCGAUCAAAGUGAAAGAUGGGUCGCCAAGCCGUGGCUAAGCUGAUCGGCUCGAUCGCCUCACGCAGAGCUUCAAGCACAGCGGCUCAGACUCGGCAAUACGCUUCGGCUCCGCAGACCUCGCCGGCCGUAUUCGUGGAUAAGAACACUCGCGUCAUCUGCCAAGGCAUCACCGGCAAGAAUGGCACCUUCCACACCGAACAAGCCAUCGAAUACGGCACCAAAAUGGUGGGUGGUGUGACGCCAAAGAAAGGUGGAACAGAACACUUGGGACUUCCUGUUUUCAACACAGUUGCAGAAGCAAAGACUGAAACAAAGGCCAAUGCCUCGGUCAUAUAUGUUCCUCCACCAUUUGCUGCUGCAGCUAUUAUGGAGGCGUUGGAAGCUGAGUUGGAUCUUGUUGUGUGCAUCACGGAAGGGAUCCCCCAACAUGAUAUGGUACGAGUGAAGAGUGCUAUUAACAUGCAAUCUAAAACUCGGUUGAUUGGGCCAAACUGCCCUGGUAUUAUCAAGCCUGGAGAAUGUAAAAUUGGAAUUAUGCCAGGGUACAUCCACAAACCUGGUCGUGUAGGAAUUGUUUCCCGAUCGGGUACAUUAACCUAUGAAGCGGUUUUCCAAACAACUGCUGUUGGCCUUGGACAAUCAACAUGUGUAGGUAUUGGAGGGGAUCCUUUUAAUGGGACAAACUUUGUUGAUUGCAUUGAGAAGUUCAUAGUGGAUCCUCAGACAGAAGGUAUCGUACUUAUUGGAGAGAUAGGUGGAACUGCAGAAGAGGAUGCUGCUGCAUUAAUAAAGGAAAGUGGGACUGAGAAGCCUAUCGUUGCAUUUAUUGCUGGACUAACUGCUCCUCCUGGCCGUCGUAUGGGUCAUGCUGGAGCUAUUGUGUCAGGUGGGAAGGGCACAGCGCAAGACAAGAUCAAGACCCUAAGAGAAGCUGGGGUUACAGUGGUAGAGUCUCCUGCAAAGAUUGGUGCUGCCAUGCUUGAUGUUUUCAAACAAAGGGGCCUUGUGAGUUAGUUUGAGUGAUUGAACUUCCUUAGCAAUAUUAUACAUUUUGUUCUUGCACAAAUAUUGGAAACGGUGUGAAAAAUCCACCUUGAUUUUUAGUAACUGAUUCAAAUGGUGAUAGAGUUUUUGGAAGGGCGGGAGUUCUCCCUUUUUCUACCUAAUAGACUGGUGUUCAUUCAAUAAACUACACAUUGUUUUUGAGACA